CGAAAUCACCUCGCUGAUUCACCUCGCUAAAACUAAAGUAAAAUAAAUACAAACUAGUGAGUAAGUUCGAUCGCUUGUGAGUAAGGAACUGAGAUCGUGCGCUGUGCAGUAAGCGAGUGUUUACGAAUUUCCGAAUUCGAGGUAUACAGUGUUAUUAUCUGCUACUCGAGGCAUAUAAACUCAAAUAUUUUUUCUUAGUAUACGUCUUGCAAAUUCAAAGUGAAUAUACGUAUAAUAAAGCCAGAGAAAUGGAAAGCAGAGAGGGCAUAAUCAGGGUAAAGAAAGAGCCGAACGAUGAUGAGUUUGAUUCUGUGGAUUUUUGCGAAGUCAAACCAUUUAAAACAUUGCCGUUUCAUGAAUUGGCGGCAAAUAACACGAAUGAGUUUAUGGCGUCGCAGAGAAAGUUGGACGAAAAUAUAUCCGUCGAUUUUGAGUGCAAAGAUGUUAAAGACGAAGUGCCGUCUAUAUUAGCUACCGUCUGUAAAACUGAGAAUCGAAGUUAUCCACCAAUCGUAAAAAUAGAAAAGGUAAAUCAGACCAACGAUAUGGAAGAAAAAAUAUUGAUUGAUUUUGAGUGCAAAGACGUUAAACUUGAAAUUAAGCCUUUGUCAACAAACACUGUAAAAACUAAAGAUUCCGAGAAAUGCAAAGAUGUGAAAAUAUUCAGAAAAACCUCUCAAACCCAAUCAUCUAAUGAUUGUGAAGUGAAAAAAACUUAUAAAGAAAAAAUGAGUUUAAAAAGACACAUCAAUAAGACUCAUAAGAGCAUUAGACCACAUGAAUUUGAGAUUUGUAAUAAAUCAUUUCUAUCCAAGGGUAAUCUCACUAAUCACAUAAAAGUAGUGCAUGAUCGUAUCAAACCCUUCAAGUGUGAAAUUUGUCACAAAUUAUUCGGACAAAAGGGUAAACUCAAUAGACACGUAAAUACAGUACAUAACCGGAUCAAACCCUUCAAAUGUGAGAUUUGUCAAAAAUCAUUUGGACUAAAAAGUACCCUCGAUAGACACACAACAGCAGUACAUGAUCGUAGCAAACCCUUUGAAUGUGAAAUUUGUCAAAAGUCAUUUGGAGAUAAUGGUACCCUUAAUAGACACAUAAGUGUAGUACAUGAUCGUAAUAAGCCCUUCAAAUGUGACAUUUGUCAUAAAUCAUUUGGAUAUAGCAGUAACCUCAAAAAUCAUAUCAUUGCAGUACAUGAUCGUAAUAAGCCCUUUGAAUGUGAGAUUUGCCACAAAUCAUUUGGACAAAAGGGUCAUCUUAAAUUUCACACGAAUACAGUACAUGAUCGGAAUAAAUCCUUUAAAUGUGAGUUUUGUCUCAAAUCAUUUGGAGAAAAAGGUAACCUAAAUUCUCACAUGAAUCACAAGCACGAUCGCAGCAAAGCAUUCGAGUGUGAAAUUUGUCACAAAUUAUAUGGAUUAAAAAGUAAUCUCAAAAGGCAUAUUAGGACAAUACACAAUUGCAGAAAAUGAGGAGCGCAAGAUUUUUUCGAAAACUUUUGGAAAUAAUGAAGACUUCUGCAAUCACACGAAUAAGCUGUGUACUUUUGAAAAAUCUAUCACUUGAAUAUCCUUUACUUAAGUAUAUAACAAAUAAAAUAUUUCAAACUGCUAUUCGUUUGUCACGACAAGCUUUUUUUUCACCUUGCUUGCAGUUAAUAAAAGCAUAUAAACAACAUUUAUCAAGUGCCUAAUGCCACGAAGCAAGAAUAUCGUUAAA